AUGCCGGUGAAAUUUGACCAUAUGGUGACUAUGAUAAUUGAGUCACACGAUACAGACACUUUGUCAGUAGCAGAGUUACAAGGAAGCAUUGAAAGUCACGUCAAUAAAAUAUUAAAAAAUACCGAGAAAGUGGUAAAAGAAGAAGCUCUCAAGACUCAGGUAAAUUUCAACAACACUUAUGAGUCAAGUCGUACUGUAGAAGAAAGAGGUCAAAAUAAUUCCAAUAAUAAAGGAAGAGGAAAUUAUAGAGGCAGGGGCCGAGGAAAUUUUGGAGGUAGAGGACGUGGUAACUUUAACCAAUGGAGAGACAACAACUUCAACGGUUUCAUUCCAACACAUCUUGGAAGAGGUGGUCAUAGUUUUGGAUCUACAUACCAUGGCAGAAGAAGAGACAACUACAAUACAUAG